UAAAUGUGAUAUCUAUAGUUCUUAUAGCUGGAGCAGGGAGGUAAAUUAGAAACAAAAAUAAAGAGGGCUACAUACUCUGGUGGAUUGAGAUUGAUUCCAUGCAAAAAAUAUCUUGUGUGACUUUUCUUUGCUGGAUUGAGUUUGAUUCCAUAUUCUGCUGCACUGAUUUGCUUCCAGACAAAUUAAGAAGGCUUGGAAUAUCUUGCGUGACGAUUUCUCUGCUGAACUGCACAGACAAAUAUUAACAUCAUAAUAAUCUUCAUCGAAUAAUCUUCACAAAUUCUGUAGCUUUCUUCCUUUUUAUUCAUCAUUUCCUGUUACUUCUUCAUACAUAUCUGUACUGGUCUUUAAACUAGUAUGGAUUCUGCGUUUUCAGUGCUCUGCGUUUGUGAUUAACUCACUGGUUUUAAGAUUUCUCCUUUUGUUUGUUGAUUUUGGAUACUGAGAUAAAGUUGAACCACCCCUUAUCUUCUGAUCAUAUUUCAGCUAUAGCUUCUUCUCAUAUUUCAAGUUUUUUUUAAACAAUUCUUGAGUACCUUGUCUCACAGUAUUAGCGUCUGCUUUGUUUCCUUUCAAAUGCAUCUCUGACUGAAGUUAGUUUCUGUUGAGCAAUGUAUGUGCAAGCCGGAUUGAUUGGGAUUUUGAAGACUAGUGAUAGCAAUCCAGCCUGGAAGGUUCUCUUUCUGUUUUUCAUUUUCAGCUUUCUUCUGUGUUUUGGUUCGUGACAUUUUGUGCUUGAAGAGACUUCUUUAUGUAACGUGCAAAAUCUAAAUUAGCUUAAUAUGGAAGAUGGUUCUCCUCUCAACAUGUUCAAAUCAGUUUCAAACAACAAUAUGGAUUUGGAUCUCAUGGAUGGCCUCUUUGAUGAUGGAUGCUGGUUAGAGGCCACACCUUCUAGCUUCUGGCAGCAGAGUCCGUCACCAAAUGCUUCAGAUUUCUCUUCCUACUUCCCUAUCGUCAGUGCUAAUAAUAUAAACCACUUGGUUCCAUACGCGAAUGAAAAGGAUAUUCAAGAUGAAAAGGAAAAACUGAACUCUAGUAAUAACACUCGUUUUGUUUAUCCUCUACUUGAUGAGAGUGAUGGAAGUGAAAAGAACAGGUGGGAUGCUUCAGCAUCUACUACUCAAUCAAGGAGUUUUUUGGUUCAAGCUGGUAAAUUAAACACAAGAUUGUGGAUUGCACCGAGUGCAGAUCCAAAUCCAGCAAGCUCUGUGAAGAAUAGACUGAUUCAAGCAUUUGAAUACUUAAAAAAUAUCACAAGAGAUGAUUUUCUCAUUCAGAUUUGGUUGCCUGUAAAGAGAGAAGGCAAAAUUGUCCUUAGCACUAUUAAUCAACCAUUCUCUCUGGAUCCAAAAUCCAAGAGUCUUGAGUGUUACAGAUAUGUUUCCAGCAGCUACCACUUUGCAGCUGAAGAAAACUCCAAAGAGUUUUUUGGCUUGCCUGGUCGCGUUUUCUUAAAGAAGUGGCCAGAGUGGAUGCCUGAUGUCCAUCUUCUAAGAAGGGAAGAUUACCCACGCGUUGAUUACGCUCUCCAGUACAAUGUUAAGGGAUCUAUAGCACUUCCUGUUUUUGAACGAGGAAAUGGCGCUUGCUUGGGCGUUGUUGAAAUUGUGACAACCGGUCCUGACGUUAAUUGCCUCCCUGAGGUUGAUGAUGUCUGCAAAGCUCUGGAGGCAGUUGAUCUGAGAAGUUCUGAAAUGUUCACUCCUGCCAAAAUAAUGGAAAGCCACGAAUCUAAUCUGACAGAACUGACAGAGAUUAAGGAGUUUUUGAAUUCUGUCUGUAGCACAUAUAAUUUGCCUUUGGCUCAGACUUGGGCUCCAUGUAAUCAUAAAGAUACAGAUCAGGGUGAAAAUUCAGCAUGUCUUUCCAUUGUCACUUCUGCUUUCUGUGUACUUAAUGAACAAUUCUUGGCCUUCCAUGAGGCGUGCUGUAAGCACCACCUGCUUAAAGUUGAAGGUGUUGUAGGGAGGGCACUUGGGACAAAUCAGCCAUGUUUUGCCACUGAUAUUAGUGCUUUUAGUGAGACUGAGUAUCCAUUUGCAAAUCACGCCAAGAUGCUGAAACUGAAAGGUGCUGUGGCAAUACGUCUCAGAAGCAUCUAUACUGAUGCAACAGAUUUCAUCAUAGAGUUCCUCCUUCCACUUGGCUGCAAAAAUUUGGAAGAACAAAAGCAGAUUGUCAGCGCAAUAUUAUCAGAAAUACAACAAUCUUGCAGUAAUUUACGAUUCAUUUCUGACCAGGAGCUUGAGGCAGCAACUGAUCUACUGCCAGAAAGAGAAGAGGCUAAUACUUCAGUAGGUAAGCUAUUUAAAGAAAACAAACACAAGUUGGUGCUUUCUUCGUCUUCAGAAGAAGCCACUCAAUAUGAAGCCUCCUGGAUUUCUCAAAUGAUGGAUUCCCAACAGAAAAGUAAAGGUAUUCUUGUUUCCUUGGGGAACCCGAAGGAGGAGUCAGAGGAUGAAUUGCAGGGAAAAACAGACUGGAUUACCACUACAGGAGACCUAUACCCUGGGAUUGGACAUUCAGGGCAUCAAGAAGUUUUGCAAGAUGGAUCCGGAGGAAGUGUGAAGGAAGUUGCAGACAUGUCUUUUAUAAAAGAGCCGCGCUCCUCUGGUGCCAAAAAAGCAGGGCAGUAUAGAAGGAUAAAAGCCGAGAGCAAUAUCAGUUUGCAAGUAUUAAGACAGUACUUUGCUGGUAGCCUGAAAGAUGCAGCUACAAGUAUUGGUGUGUGCCCUACUACAUUAAAAAGGAUAUGCAGGCAACAUGGUAUCAGUCGAUGGCCCUCUAGAAAGAUCAAGAAGGUAGGCCACUCGCUUAAGAAACUCCAGCUUGUCAUAGAUUCAGUGCAAGGCAACGAGGGUGCUAUUCAGCUCAGUUCCUUCUAUAACAACUUCCCAGAACUAAAUUCUCCAAAUAUAAGUGGAAUAAGCUCCUUGUCGACAUUUAAGACGGAUAACCAUCUGGAACCGCAGAAUCAGCAAACAGGAAGCCUACUCUGCCCUGCAACCACAGCUUCAAAAUCAACUUCUUCCUCCAGUCAUAGCACCAACUCAAGCUAUUGUUGCUCCACAGAAGCCAAGGAGAUGAACGCCAAUGUGUCCGCUCCAGGGGAGCUAAAAAGAGCACUCAGUGAUGUGAAAUUUCAUGAAUCAGGUCAACAGGAUGCAAAGUUUCUUGUGAGAUCACAUAGCCAGAGAGUUUUGAGCAGCCAUUCUCCACUGCAGAACAACAAUAACAUCCAGGCCAAACAAAACUGCAGAGCUUUUCGAGUGAAAGCCACCUUCGGGCAAGAAAAGCAUCGUUUCAGAAUGCCAGAGUACUGGCGUUUCAGUGACUUGCAGGAAGAGAUUUCAAGGCGUUUCAAUAAAGAUAUUGAGGAUGUGAACAAAGUGGACUUGAGGUACUUGGAUGAAGAUUCAGAGUGGAUACUCUUGACAUGCAAUGAUGAUCUUGAGGAAUGCAUCGACAUACACAGAUCAUCCAAGGCUCGUACCAUCAAAAUCCUGCUGCGUGAUGCACGUUUUCCCAAUCUUGGCAGCUCUCUUGACAGCUGCGGACCAUCCUGAUGCCAUACUGUUAAUUAAUCCGUCGUUUCACGGUGUGUCUGGUGUGGCCAUGCAUCAUUCUGUAGUUCAUUCCAGUUCUUGCUGGCUGCAUUGGGUCAUAGCAAGGUAUUAGUAUAACAAAGAAGCUUCCUGCCAUCAUGAAAUUAUGAAGACAUGGUGGCACAAAACUAGUCUAUAGCAGUUUACCCCUUGUUCUACGGGGUGUGGUAAUUAUUUUACACAUAUACUGGUCUGGCUUCUAGCACCUGCUAAGUGCUGCUUCUGUAAUGUAUUACUAUAUAUAUAUUUGCUUCCAUUCA